UCCCUCUGUUCACUAUCAUGCAGCAUUUGAAGGGAGGAGGACGUGGAGGACGAAUGAAGGAGCCGCUCACGAAUGACUUUACAUGACACAUGAGGGGCGAAAGGACGAUGUGAAGAGCGGGGAUCCUCUGGAAACAUCUGGAUUCCGUGCGCUUCUGGAGAUUUCCCCUCGUUGGAUUUGAUUGGAUUAUUUCCCCUCAGUAUUAGAUUCCUGUGAGAGCGGCUCUCGUGUAGAUAAACCAGAGGAGACACGCGUUUAUUAGCCCUGUUUCUUUAUUUCUAACAAAGAAAAAAAUGUGAUUCCUCAUCCCCCUCCGCGAGGCAGACAAGCCCCCGACCUCUGAAACAGCUGGAUCCUGUGGAUUUACCUUUUUUCCUUUGACCUCCUCCUCCAAGAAAAAAACCCCUUCGGAAAGGAGCCUUCAGCCGAAAUGAGCGUCGAUUUAAUCGAAUCAGCUUCAUGAGCGGAGUCUAAACAAACGCACAUUUCUCACCGGGACGCGCACAUUGUGGCGUUUCCCCCUUUUUUUUAUAUCCCAAAAUAAACGGGGCCAGUGGAAAAUAUGGAAAGCGAGGUUUUCUCCCCUUUGCUGGAGCAGUUCAUGCUCACGCCUCUGGUCUGCUGGGUGAAGACAGUGGGCCAGCCCUCAAUGACCGAUGGCACCAAGUUAUCGGAAUAUGUAGAAUUAGUGGACGGGAUUUACCUGAACGAGAUCAUGCUGGAGAUAAAUCCUAAGGCCACGGUGCAGAGGACCAACAAGAAAGUGAACAAUGACCCCACACUGCGCAUCCAGAACCUCUCCAUUCUCAUCAGGCAGAUUAAAGCCUAUUAUCAGGAGAUUCUCCAGCAGUUGGUCAUGAUGCCUUUACCGAACGUGCUGGUUCUGGGCCGGAACCCUCUGUCUGAACAAGGUCUGGAGGAGAUGAAGAAACUGUUGCUGCUGCUGCUCGGCUGUGCUGUUCAGUGUGAGAAGAAGGAGGAGUACAUUGAGCGAAUCCAGAUUCUGGACUUUCACAGCAAAGCUGCCAUAGCGUCCCACAUCCAAGAGGUGACUCAUAACCAGGAGAAUGUGGUGGACCUACAGUGGUUGGAAAGUGGGGAGAUGCCUCCUGAGGAUUUAGACAGUUUGUCCAGAAACCUGGCUUUCCACCUCAAACACCUGGUGGACGAAAGGGACACACAGCUGGAGACCAUAGUGGAGUUGACCCAGGAGAGAGACUGUGUGCAGUUGUCUCCGCUGGCUCCCUGUUCAACCCAGUCCCCCGGCGACUCCCCCAGCAUGAGGAGGACCGAGAGCCGACAGCAUCUCUCCGUGGAGCUGGCCGAUGCCAAGGCCAAGAUCAGACGCCUUCGACAGGAACUAGAGGAGAAGAGCGAGCAGCUUCUGGACACCAGGCAGGAGCUGGAGAACACGGAGGUGGAGUUCAAGAGGCUUCAGCAAGAGAGCUACCAGCUGCUGUCUGACGCCCGGUCGGCUCGGGCCUACCGCGACGAGCUGGAUGCGCUCAGAGAGAAAGCGAUCCGCGUGGACAAGCUGGAGAGCGAGCUGGGCCGAUACAAGGAGAGACUUCACGACAUCGAGUUUUACAAAGCCAGAGUCGAGGAGCUGAAGGAGGACAACCAGGUGCUGCUGGAGACGAAGUCCAUGCUGGAGGAACAGCUGGACGCCAGCAGGACGCGCUCUGACAAGCUGCACCUCCUGGAGAAAGAGAAUCUGCAGCUCAAGUCCAAGAUCCACGACCUAGAUUUGGAGCGGGACUGUGAGCGUAAGCGUAUGGAGGAGCUGCUGGAGGAGAACCUUGUGCUUGAGAUGGCCCAGAAACAGAGCAUGGAUGAGUCCCUGCACCUCGGCUGGGAGCUGGAGCAACUCUCCAAAACACCAGAGCUGACUGAAGCCCCUCAGAAGUCUCUGGGCGAGGAGGUGAACGAGUUGACCUCGAGCCGCCUGCUGAAGCUGGAGAAAGACAACCAGACGCUGCUGAAGACCGUGGAGGAGCUCAGAGGAGCAGCCAGUCAGGACACCGUGAAAAAACUGGCGAAAGUCGGCCAAGAAAACCAGAAACUGAACCAAAAAUUGGAGCAGCUGCAGACUGAGCUGACUGCAGACAGAGACUCUCUUCGCAGCGCCGAGUCGCUGAGCACCGACCUGAUGAAGGAGAAGGCUUUACUGGAGAAGACUCUGGAAACACUCCGGGAAAACUCUGAGAGACAGCUGAAGGGUCUGGAGCAGGAGAACAAGCACCUGAGCCAGACGGUGUCGUCUCUGCGUCAGCGCUGCCAGGUCGGCGCCGAGGCCCGGGUCAAGGAUGUGGAGAAAGAGAACCGCAUUCUCCACGAGUCCAUCUGCGAGACAACCGCAUCAAUCAAUAAGAUGGAGUUUGAGAGAAAACAACUACGUAAGGAGCUUGAGGUGAUGAAGGAGAAAGGUGAGAGAGCAGAGGAGCUGGAGAUUCAGAUGCAGAAGAUGCAAAGAGACAACGAGAUCCUGCAGAAGAAACUCGCCAGUCUCUCGAUUACCUGUGAAAAGGUGUCCUCUCUGGAGAAGGAGAAUUCAGAGCUGGAGGCAGAUGGCCGUCGUCUGAAGAAGAAGCUGGACGCUCUGAAGAACAUGGCCUUCCAGCUGGAGGCCCUGGAGAAGGAGAACUCCCAGCUGGAGGAGGAGAACCUGCAAGUCCGACGCUCGGCCGAGAGCCUCCGGUCAGCGGGGGCCAAGGCGGCUCAGCUGGAAGCAGAGAACAGGGAGCUGGAGAGCGAGAGGAGCCAAAUGAAGCGCAGCAUGGAACUGCUCAAAGCCUCGUCCAAGAAGACGGAGAGAUUAGAGGUGAGUUACCAGGGCCUAGAUACGGAGAACCAGCGGCUGCAGAAGGCGUUAGAGAACAGCAGCAAGAAGAUCCAGCAGCUGGAGGUAGAGCUGCAGGAGGUGGAGACCGAGAAUCAAACCCUCCAACGCAACCUGGAGGAGCUGAAGAUCUCCAGCAAACGCCUGGAGCAGCUGGAGCAGGAGAACAAGACUCUGGAACAGGAGAGCUCCCAGCUGGAGAAGGACAAGAAGAUGCUGGAGAAGGAGAACAAGCGGCUGAGGCAGCAGGCCGAGAUCCGCGACUCCAAACUGGACGACGGCAACCAGCGCAUCUCCAGCCUGGAGAAAGAGAAUCGCACCAUGGGCAAGGAGAUGAUCUUCUUCAGGGAUUCCUGCACGAGGGUCAAGGACCUGGAGCGAGAGAACAAGGAGCUGGUCAAACAUUGCACCAUCGAUAAGAGGAUGCUUGUGGCACUCAGAGAGGAGCUUGUGAGUGAGAAGCUGCGGACUCAGCAGAUGAAUAAUGACCUGGAGAAACUGACCCAUGAGCUGGAGAAGAUCGGACUGAACAAGGAAAGGCUGCUGCACGACGAGAACUCCAGCGACAGGUUCAGGCUCCUGGAAACCAAACUGGAGUCGUCACUGAAAUCAUCGUUGGAGAUUAAAGAGGAGAAGAUCGCCGCCCUGGAGGCCAGACUGCAGGAGUCGUCCAACCUCAACCAGCAACUUCGCCAGGAACUCAAGACGGUGAAGAAAAACUAUGAAGCGCUGCGUCAGAGGGAGGAGGAGGAGAGGAUGGUGCAGAGCUCGCCCCCUAGAGGAGGAGAGGAGCCCCAGUCGUUCAGCAAAUGGGAGAAGGAGAGUCACGAAACCACCAGGGAGCUGCUGAAAGUCAAAGACAGACUCAUCGAGGUGGAGAGGAAUAAUGCCACGCUGCAGGCUGAGAAGGCGGCGCUUCGGAGUCAGCUCAAACAGCUGGAAACUCAAAGCUCCAACCUGCAGGCUCAGAUAGUGGCGCUGCACAGACAGACCGCCUCCUUGCAGGAGAACAACACCACGCUGCAGACACAGAACGCCAAGCUGCAGGUGGAGAACUCCACCCUGAACUCGCGGAGCGGCGCCCUCAUGGCCCAGAACGCCCAGCUGCAGACUCAGCAGAGCAGCGUGGAGGGCGAGCGCGAGGGAGCGCUGAGGGAGAAGGAGGAGCUGAGGUCCACCUACGAGCUGCUCCUCCGCGACCACGAGAAGCUGGCGGCGCUGCACGAGAGGCAGGCGGUGGAGUACGAGGCCCUGAUCGGGAAGCACGGGGGCCUGAAGACCUCCCACAAGAGCCUGGAGCAGCAGCACAGGGACCUGGAGGACCGGUACAAGCAGCUGCUGCAGAGGAAGGGGGAGCUGGAGGAGCUGGAGAAGACCCUGAAGGAGCAGCAGGAGAAGAUGGCGCUGGAGAAUCAAACGCACAAAGACACAGCUGAUCAAUGCAAACUCCUCAAAGAGGAACACGAUAGACUCAACAGCACCCAUCGUCAGCUGGUGAGGGACAAUGAGAACCUGCAGCUGGACCACAAGAACACAAAGACCCAGUUGAACAGCGCCAAGCUGGAUCAGACCAAGCUGGAGGCCGAGUUCUCCAAACUGAAGGAGCAGUUCCAGCAGCUGGACAUCACCUCCACCAAGCUCACCAACCAGUGUGAAUUGUUGAGCCAGCUGAAAGGAAACCUGGAGGAGGAGAAUCGUCACCUGUUGGAUCAGAUCCAGACUCUGAUGCUGCAGAAUCGCACCCUGCUGGAACAGACCAUGGAGAGCAAAGACCUGUUCCACGUGGAGCAAAGACAAUACAUAGACAAGCUAAAUGAGCUGAGGAGACAGAAGGAGAAGCUGGAGGAGAAGAUCAUGGACCAGUACAAGUUCUACGACCCCUCACCUCCACGCAGGCGCGGCAACUGGAUCACUCUGAAGAUGAGGAAGCUCAUAAAGCCGAAGAGCCGCGAGAGGAUGCGCUCGCUCACGCUGACCCCGUCCCGUUCGGAGUACGGCGACGGCUUCCUGAGCUUCCCCCCGGACAGCCAGGACAGCUCGUCCAUCGGCUCCGGCUCCAACUCGCUGGACGACACGCUCACGCAGAAGAGGAGCAGCAGGAGGAGAGGGCAGCACCCCGUUGCCCAAGGGCAGGGUUCCACCAAUGCUAUAAGAAGGCUGCCUUUCAUGAGGAACAGAUCCAAGGACAAAGACAAGGCCAAGGCCAUCUACCGGCGCUCCAUGUCCAUGAAUGACCUGCUGCAGACCAUGGCGGUGGCGGGCGGCCCCGGGGCCCAGUGGGCGGGCAGUAUCGAGAAUCUCGAGGGCGCUGAGGCCGGAGAGGGCGGCAUGACGGGGAACAGCAGGCGCGGAGGGCAGCGCAUGAAGGAGCUCGCCUUCUCCACCAACGCCAUCGACUGUGCGGCCCUCACCCUGCCCAGUGCGGGGCGCAGCAGGGCCAAGCACCGGCUGCAGGUCAAAGCAGGUAAUGUCUCCUGCGAGGACGUUGCCUCCGACGACCCAAAGAGUCAAGCCACCGCCAGACCCUCCAGUCUCCAUAGCAACAGGACCACCAGUAGUAAUAGUAACAAUAACUCCCACCUCACUUCUCCUCUAGAGGGCAAAGGCACGUUGAACGGCAGCCUCAGCCGCCCGCACAGCGAGAGCAGCGGCGAGUUCAGCCUGAGCUUAGACCAGGAGGUGUGGUCGAGCAGCGGCAGCAGCCCCGUCCAGCAGCCCACCUCCUCGCGCUCCUCCCACCAGAGCCCCCUGCAGCUGCGCAGGUCACUCGACCCGGCCGGCGCCGCAGGGAGCCCCGGACAAACCCAGAUCAGGAAGACGGGAUCCCCGACCAACGAGGUGCUCUCCCUGCAACAGUUCCUGGACGAGGGCAUUGAUCCUGCAGAGUCUGGCAGUCAGGAGAACCUCACUGUGGACUCGCCUCGCCUCUCCACCUCCUCCGAGCACGUGCAGAAGGAACGCACAACUACCACAAAGGGCCGCGGCAUAUUACGCUCCGCCAGCGGGAGAGCGGCUCCGGUCAGCUCCGAACGCCCGCCCAGAUCCACGGGACAGCCGGGGCGCCCCACCCUGCGGAAGGCGGAGAGCACCCGCGUUAGAGGCUCCGUCCCAAUGCGCUCCAGCCUCUCCUCGCAGGGCAAAGCCACGUCCGUCUCCGAGCGCCUGGACUCGACCUCCUCCACGCUGCCCCGUGCCAGCAGCGUCAUUUCCACGGCCGAAGGCUCCACGCGCCGCACCAGCAUCCACGACCUGCUCUUGAAGGACAACCGGCAGCCCGUGUCGGUCGACGUUUCUCCUCCCAUCGCCUCCACCAAGGCUGGGGUACGCUCCAAGCCUACAGCCAGUGAGUACCCCCCCGACAGCUCCAACCUAAAGGGACCCCUCAUCACCACCGCCCCCCUGCCCAAGUCCCUCAGCUUACCCUGCCAUAGCUUGGAGGACCCCGACCUCUCCACCCUCGAGUCCUUCCUCGGCCCUUCCUUCACCGUAGAGUCCGUGUUCAUGGACUCCAUUUUUAGCGAGUCAGGGGGCAAAAACCUCCCCUUCCUGUCUCUAAACCCCACCCUAGUCAGCAACAUCAGCGGGCCGCCUGUUACAAAUAAACCCCCACCUGCCGCACCCGUCCCAAACCACGACUCCACCCAAAACCAGACCCCUCCCUGCCAAUCUAACGGCCAAACGAGAUCCGACCCGGCCAGUCCGGAAGCCUGUAACGAGGGCGUCGACCCCAGUCAGGAGAAUAAUUCGGACCAGUCACUGAACCCAGAGGACAACCAGUCCCUGUGGUACGAGUACGGGUGUGUGUGAAUGACGAGGAGGGUCCGGCUCGCUGAUCCGACUUAAAGAACGGAUGGACAAAUCCUCCUCCUCUGCAUGUGUUUAUCAGAGCACUGUCUGUCUCUGUGUGGUGGAUUGGUUUCCAUGGUGCUGACCGGUGAUUUGUUUUGUUUUUAUUUUAUUUUUGUCACCUCCUCCUUUUUUUUCUGUCCCGGACUUUGAAUGUUCCUCCGUCCAACAGCCGUCACCACGUUGUCCUCAUCCGAUCUGUGUCACUGGCUAACAACCAUCGUCUGCUUUACUGGGAUCUGUUCAUAUUUCUGUUUAGAGCUUGAAUGGUGAAUUAGCCUCCAGAGACUCAGCCCCAAAAGUAAACCAGUUAAAAAAAAUCAAAGCAUUGCAAUGUGGGACAAAUAAUAUAUUCACUUGUGGUUUUUAUCAUAAUGUUUUAUGGGAGUGUUUUUUGUUUUUGUGUGCUUCACUUACCUGCAUGGCUUCGUUCUGUCUCAGUCAUUUUGAUUCCUGUGAUCAAAAUGAUCCUCUUUUUGUUUCCUUUGAGUGUGAACUGUGUGUGUUUUGUUGUACAUUUUCUUGUAUUUUCUUUUGCAUAUAUUAACUGGAGACCUUUUGGACGAUGGGCUUCGACCUGGUUGACUUUGUGGGCUGGUGACAAAAUGAUGCAGCUUCAUUCUCUGAGCGGAGGACUGAGUUCAGUGAAAGUUCACGGUGACGGUAGAGGAACAAGAGGAGAGCGAUUAUUAUGCUUCAGGCACUUUUUGACAGUUACAGACACAGGGAGGCGUCAGAGUAAGAUGAGGAUAGUUUUGUCUCAUCGUUGUGGGAAUGAAGCUCCAUCAUUUCUUUGGGUAUCUGGAAACUUUAAACAUCCCGACGCACCACACCUAGAGAAUGGAUAUUAUUUGAUUAUGUAUUUUUCGAUUGACAAGAUCUUGUACAGAUUGUUUUAAGUUAUAAUCAAAGACGAGCACUGCGUAACGUGCUGACGCUCAUGGAA